AUGGCAGAAAGUGUCCGGGUAAUAUGUCGCUGUCGCCCAUUAAAUUGUCGCGAAAUAACGUUUAAUUCGCAGAUAUGUGUUCAAAUGGAUCAAAGAUGUGGACAAGUGAUUUUACAAUGUGAAAAUUGUUGUCCGAAACACUUUACAUUUGAUGGCGUCUACUACAUGGAUGCUACUACUGAACAAAUAUACAAUGAAAUUGUUUAUCCGCUAGUCGAAAGUGUAAUUCAAGGAUACAAUGGAACAAUUUUCGCAUAUGGACAGACAGGUUCUGGAAAAACAUACUCAAUGCAAGGUGAUGAUAAUAUUACUUCUCAAAAAGGUAUUAUACCUCGGGCGUUCCAGCAUAUCUUUGAAGCCACAGCAACUACUGAUGAUGCCAAAUUUUUAGUGCAUGUAUCAUACUUGGAGAUUUACAAUGAGGAAGUAAGAGAUUUACUGAAUAUGAACCGUACGAAAAAACUGGAAAUCAAAGAGCAUACGGAACGUGGAAUUUACGUUGCUGGAUUAUCCAUGCAUGUUUGUCACGAUUACAAAGCUUGUCAAAAGCUAAUGAAAGAAGGUUUCGAGAAUCGCCAUGUUGGUGCAACGUUGAUGAACAAAGACUCUUCGCGAUCACAUUCCAUCUUCACCGUUUAUGUGGAAGCAGCUUUGGGAAACGGAUCUUUUCGCAAGGGAAAACUGAAUUUGGUAGAUUUGGCUGGUAGUGAACGACAAGCAAAAACUGGAGCUACUGGUGAUCGAUUCAAAGAGGCAACCAAAAUAAAUCUUUCUUUAUCCGCUUUGGGUAAUGUAAUAUCAGCUUUGGUUGAUGGUAAAUCCAGGCACAUUCCUUACAGAGAUUCGAAAUUAACUCGUUUGCUACAAGAUUCACUAGGUGGAAACAUGAAAACAAUAAUGCUUGCUUGUAUUUCACCAUCUAUUGACAAUUAUGAUGAAACUCUUUCCACUCUAAGGUAUGCAAAUCGUGCGAAAAGCAUUAAGAAUAAACCAAAGAUCAACGAGGAUCCAAAGGAUGCUUUACUUCGCGAGUAUCAAGAAGAAAUUGAACGAUUGAAAGCUAUGAUACUAUCCAAUGAUAGUGUACGCCCGAAUUCCAAGGAUUUAGCUGAAGAACAUGAACGACUGAAAACAGAAUUCGAUGCAGCAAUUAAUGAACUGCGAUCCCAGUAUCAAAAUGAGCAAAAAAACAAAGUCAAGUUGCAAGAAGAAUAUGCAGCCCUAAAAGAAGAAUAUGAAAAAGCUGUCGAAUCAUUGGAAAAUGACCGAAAUUUGGAUGCAGGAGAAGCAAAGAAGCGCCUGCAAAUUCUUGAACAGCAGUUUGUAGGAGGUGAGGAAGUAAGUGUUAUUAUGUGUGAUUCUUUAACUUGUCGUUCUUUAUUUGGAUCAGCAUUUAUGAUUAAUACACUAGUUGUCCGCGAAGCUCCUUUUUCAGCCGCCUUAAAUGUCCACAGUGAUGAUCCACUGUUGCAUGUUUAUAGUUCAGCACAAGAAAAACUAGAGGCAGUUACAAAAGAAUAUUAUAAAGCCAAAAUGAAGAUUAAAUCACUAGAGAGUGAAAUCGAAGAUUUGCAUGGUGAAUUUGAACUUGACCGACUUGAUUAUCUAGAAACAAUCAGAAAACAAGAUCAACAAAUUAAACUGUUACAACAAAUAAUCGACAAAAUAUAUCCAACACUCAAAAAAAAUUGUAAUUACCUCAAUCUGGAAAAGAUCAAACGAGAAGCAAAAUGGAAUGAUGAUCAAGGAAAGUGGAUAAUACCGGAUUUGAUUAUGUUUCGAACAACUUUACCCCACGCUGUACCAGGAACUCCAAUUACUAUGAGUGAUUAUGUUGACACAUCUAAUCAGCCACAAUUGGAUGCGAUAGAUGACUUAGCAAAACUUAAACAGAGAUUGGCAAAAAGCGCUGAAGAAAAUAUUGCAAAUAAUUAUUUCAAACAGUUCAGUCGAGACAGCUUUGUAAACAAAUAUAAGGCUGACCAAAAUCGUACUAUUGGUCAUGAUUCAGAUUCACAGCUAAAAAAUUACUCUUUGCCUCGAAAGCAAACAUUCAAUGAUUUGUUACGAGGCGUUGUAUAUACAGAUGAUAUUUACGAGAAACCUUCCUUAUUUCGGAAGCCACAGCAACUCAAGGCACUUAUCGUAAGAUCCAAAUAA